CACUAGGCUUUUCUCUUUUCUCUCUGUCUCUCUCUCUGCCCGCGGCGAAAGAAGAAGCUAUGGCGGUAGCGUCGCCUCUUUCCAUCUCGGUGUCCAACGAUGUGGACCAAUUCGUGUCCGGCGAUGGCGAUGGGUUCGAGCUGGAGCCGUCGCGCGUCGUCAAGGUGGAAUCGGAGGAGGCGUGGGAGCAAUUCCUCAAGGAGGCCAAUGCACAGAGCGCCAUUGUGGUGGCUCAUUUCAGUGCCGAGUGGUGCGCGCCUUGCAAAUUCAUGGAGCCGGCCUUCAACAACAUGUCCAAGCGAUUGUCUCACGUUAUUUUCUUGGAAGUAGACAUGGACGUCCAACAUGAGCUGGCUUCCAAGUUGCAAGUGAAAGCACUGCCGACUUUUCUCUUCAUCAAGGACGAGGCAGUGAUCGACAAAAUCGUGGGAGCCAAUCCGGAGGAGCUGGAGAAGAAGAUCGAGACACUGGCCUCGCCGUGUUGAUGAGCACGCACGACUCGACUGGACGGGUCUCGUUUUUUUUUUUCUCUCCCCCUUUUCUUUGUUUGAUCGCUACGUAGGAGGCCAUGGAAUAAGUGCUGCUACAAGCCGGGGUUCCAUUUCAUCACCAUCGUCACGGUCGUUGUCGUCAUUCAGCCCGCCCAAGGAUUUUCGAUUUCUCCCACGAGUUUUCUUCUUCUUUUAUCUUCGUGUAGGUAGCUCACAGACUGUGCAUAUGAAUCUAUAGAUGUUUGCGCUCUACACCGAUUGAAUCAAUCUACGAGAGUUUGAUGCGUUA